GUUGUAGAACUUAAAGGAAAGUAUGGCACGGUCUGUGAUGCUACUUCUGUCAUGAAACUGUUAAAACAAUGUCAGUCUGUGAAGAAUGCUUGUGAAUUGUUAGUAUCCUGUUUAUCAUCUCAUGCCCACUGUCAGAGAGACACAGUUCUGGGUUCAGAGGUUCAGAGUGUCAGAAGCCGAUUGGAUAAAGUGAUUGAUUCUCUCACAGAUUUCACAAGAGAUCUUCAUCGUGGUGAUGCUGGUGUGAGAGAAAAUGAUGAGGUAUGGUCAGACAUUAUUGAAAACUCAGAAAAUCUCUUGUCUGUUCUAACAGAAGCUCUUUUAGCCUGGGACCGAGCCCAAGUACGGAAGAUUAAUAAGUCCAUUGCACAUGUGAAAAGCCAGCUGUCUCGUCUGCAGCAAGUACAUUUUGUGCAGCACUUACCAGAAGAUUUCCAGGAAGUGGUUUCAGCAUUUGGCAACCUCCUAAGUCUUGUACAGUAUCGUUGUGGAGACCUUUACCGGAGAGGACAGAGUGAAACACUUCAGUUAUUAGCUCUUCAGUUGUGCCAGACACUUCCUCUUCUUGCCUCUACUUGUACUGCAACUGUUAGCUAUCCUCUUAGUAAACAAGUCAAGACUAGUAGAGAACUGGUGUUGAAUAGGAUACAAACCUUGUUAGAAGAUAUUGAAUGUCAUGCUGGACAAGGAAGUGAAAAUUAUGAUGUGGAAGAAGCUGGGACAUUCAUUUCAUGUGUUGAUAAGGCUCUUGAUUUGCUCACGAGAGAAAUGUGUGACGAGUCUUCACAUAUGCUUCAAACCUCUCUUAGUGAAGAGGUUAAAUCUCUGUUAGAAGAAGUUCUUCGCCAUGGGGUUGCUGUAGCCUACUGCAGCUGUCCCGAUGAUAAUCGAGCUAUAAUGAGCAUGUGUGAAAAUGUUUUAAAGCAGCUGAAAAACCUUGUUGGUAUCGAACGUCUGGAGUCACACGAUGAAGUUGACUUCAAUGUUGCAAAAGAAAUGUUGGCUGAUGCUGUAGAAAGUUUGGAACAGAAAGUGAACACGGCACUGAUUCGUCAGAUAGUAAAGACUUUUGCUGUUCCACUCAGCCCUCUACAGGCACUGCUAAAAGUUCUGGAACCGAAUCAGGAGGUCAUAUCCUCAAAAGGGUUAGAAGAUCUCAUUGCUGAUUUUGAUCUCCGUGUAGACCACAUUUUCCAGGUUGGAGGUUUUGCUGCUGCUUGUACCUCGGAUAAUUUGAGAGUUCGUCACAUCAGAAACAGCCUGUUAACUUUGGAAUGGCUUGAAAGCUGCUUGAUUCCUUCUAUUGUAAGUGCUCAUAAUGACCGUCACCUGCAUGCCCAAGCACAUGCUCACAUGUUAGCAAAACACUGGAGUAUGGCUGUUGAGAGGCUGUGCAACACUUUGGAUGAAAUCAUGGAUCCCUCAGCAUUUUCACUUGUUACUAAACAAGAGGUUCAUCAGUCUUGGGCAUUGCUGAAAGAACAGCUUUAUACCCAUGAUAUGUCAUGGAUCAGUCAACAUGUAGAGAAUGUGAUUGCCCUUUCUUCUCGAGUCCUAAUGCUGCAUCAGCUUGACAGCUUUUUGACGGAUCGCCAAGAAGAGGAUUUGCAAAUGGCCAUAUCAGAGGUGAAGAAGAGCCUUGGAUUAGUUAUAGAAUCUCCAAAAGAUCUGUCUCGUCAUCGCAGCUUGAUCAAGAGAGUACAGCUGACACUAACUCUCCUCUCUCGUCUUGCAAAUUCCCUCAAUGAAGAAAAUUUGCAAUUUAUGGAAGAGUUUAGUUAUACAGAAACAAAUAAAGCAGCUAGGAAAGCAGUACCAACAAAGUUAAGUGAAACAGACAAACGUCAUUUAGUCACCUCCAACAUUGAAGACAUUCCUGUUGAUGUAGCAACACCAUUUACAGCAAGAUCUGUCCAUAAAGCAUCAAAAGACCCAUCAGAAGACGAGGAUAGAAGUGAGAGACCAAAGAAUCAGUUGAGGUCAAUGAAAUCGACAUCCAAACUUGGUGAAGGAAGAUUCAAGUCAACAAACACAAAUUUGACUAUGCAAGGACAUCAUUCAAGAUCUUUGCAAGCUAUUACAAGUGACACAUUGGGACUUGACUCCACUUCAAUUGACAUUACAAAGUUUCUGAGCCGUUCAACCAAUACCUUAUCUUCUGCACGUUCAUCAAAGAGAAAUUUUUCUCUUAAGGUCAAAGAAAUCAGUUUGGAUAUUAAUGCAGCAUUGAAAAGACCUGACCUUCCUCCUCUACCAACUCAACCUGAUAAGAAAGGGCUCCUACUUAAUGGACAACUGGAAGCAUCUGGAAGUUGUGAUGAUAGUUCUCUUGUAGAGGUGUCAGAACUUAUUGCGAAAGAGAAAUCCCCUGCAACUUCCCAGGAAAGCAUUGGCAAGGAACUGUCAGGUAUACUAGAGGACCUAACAUCUCUUGCUGGGGACCUUACAGAUCUAGUUACUCCUUCAACUCAGAAAAGAAAAUGUCCAUGGGAGGACUUUAGUUAUGAUGAUAAAGAGAAUAAUAGUUCCUCUGGUCUCCGUGGCAUCAAGCUCCAAAAUGUUUCCUUUAAUCCAAAGUUUCCUGAAAUAAAGAGUAGUGAUACAUCUGAAGUCAUAUUUGAGAACGAGGAACCUUGCACCUCGGAAAAUGCAAGUGAAAAGUUAUCUUCGUCUGUCUCUGAGAACUCAUCUGGUGGUUGUGCAGACCCUAUGGUUUGGAAAGACUUCACUGCCAUUUUAGAAACUAAAACUCCAGCUAAGAAUAAUCUUUUUGAUUUCACAAAUCACUUUAACAGUUGGCAACCCUCUGGUAUGCAGGUUUCAUUUACCACUUUUGGCAAAAGUAACAGAAGUAAUAUAUCAACUAAUAAUCAAUUGAAGACAAAAGUAGCUGAUUUGAGUGAUACCCCUUUUCUGGUGAAGUCCUCGUCACAGUCUUCUCUACCUGAGACUGAAUGCACAGCAGAGCAGCUUACUGGCAAUUAUUCUGUGAGCUCCUCAAGUGCUACUUUUGGAACACCUCAGAGACUUAAAGACAUUCAACUAGUUCAGGAACGGCUUAGAGCUCUUAAAGAGAAUAUGAGUUAGAGGUUUGAUUUCAUUUGGUACUUUUAAUUUUUUUAUGGAUUAAAGGUUGAAUGAAAGAAUUUAAUAAGACACAUACUAUGUUCCAAAAAAAUGGUUUUAUGAUGCACUGCAUUCAGAGAUUUUUAGUACAUGGAGCAAGUGACGGGUACAUUGAUUCUGUUUUCCAUUUUGUAUGUAUUUAUUUUACAGUUUUAUCUUGCCUGCUUUAAAAGUACAAAAAAAUAUUUUUAGGACACUGAUAUUUGCAUGCAGAAUUUGUAGCCAUAAAAGGAGGUGAGUAUAUUUGAAGUAGUUAUUACAGUAUGAUAACGUACAUAUAGAAUAAGCAUUCACAUUUACAUUGUCUGAUCUCAUACAGUCUCAUGGUGAAGGGUUGUGAAUGUAAUUAUGUAGCUAGCACAUACAUAUAUGUAAUAUUUAGGCAUUGGUAGGGGAAUUAGAGCUGUAUUUGAGUUAGUACAGUAGCUUGUAAUUUCUACAGUAACUUGUAAUUUCUUAAUAUACUGUCUGUAUUUGUAUAAAAGGAUGUAGUUUUUCAUUAUGAAAUUAAAGAUUAUUCUUAUUAUAUUUUCAUUAUUAUUCUUUCCCUUCCGGACUUUGUAUUUGCACAGCUUUUAUUUUUUUCAUUUUGAUUUAUUCAUUUCACUUCAGUCAAAGCUUUCCCAUUUCUUUUUUGGGUCAGUAUAGCACCACCACUUGGCCUCGCCUUGCUUCCACAUUACCAGAAUUUGUUCUGUCAACACCAGUGGUUUUUUUUAAGUGACCAUU